GAGACCGUUCCUAAACAUGAUAUAGAAGAAUAUAUUGAUGAUUUGUAUAGGUCAUUACUUGACAUUGUAGAUAAAGAAGUUUCGAUAAAUAGUGAUAUAUUAGAAGGAGAAUCUUUUAACUUCAAAGGUUUUGAUACAACAUCUGCUUAUGAAGAUCUUACCAAGAUUCUUACACAUUCUGAGUAUUAA